CCUCUAGUGCAGUGGUCUUCUAUUGGUUUGAACCAUGUUUCGGACAGGGAUCGUAGCUUACGGCGUGAGAAACUGGAUAUUCUUGUGGCUGUCGCUACAUUUGUUUACAUACGUUCAAGGAGGAGAAGAGGAUCCCGGAGUGAGGUUCACGACGGAGCCAAGCGACGCAGUGGUCCUUCCCGGUGAAGAUGCGUUGCUUCUCUGCGCGGCUGCUUCCAAGCUGCCCGUGCGUCUGGCGUGGCGGUACAGCGCCAGUUCCCUGCCCACCAGAGACCACGGCGUCUCUAUUAGCGAUAAGUCCAGGAAGCAACUCCUCAACGGCUCCCUUCUGAUAGAGAGCAUGACAGCGUCCUUGGCGGGCCAGUACCAGUGUGUGGCCACCGUGGACGGUAUCGGUACCAUCGUCUCAAGAGCCGCCACCGUGUUCUUAGCUGAGGUGCCAGUGUUGUCGGGCACCCCGCGCAGCGUGCUGUCCGCGGUGGGGGGCGUGGCGCUGCUGCCGUGCGGGAUACAGGCCCCGCCGAGACUGGCCCUCAGAGUCGUGCCCGCCGCCAACACCGACAGGAGGGCGUACGGCGCCGCCAAGCUACUCAACACUCCGCCCCUCCUCAAACUCAAUGUGACCUGGUUAAAGAACGGCUCCCCGGUCCGCACGGAGAGCGCCCGCGUCUCCAUCACGCCCAGCGGAGCCUUGGAGAUAGAGCCGCUGCGGCACCACGACGCCGCCUCCUACAGAUGUCGUGUUUCUAUCACACCUCAUCUAUAUCGGGUAAGCGAUGAGAUAGAGCUACGCGUGAGUGCUGACACUCCCAACACGGAGGCGGCCCCCAGGUUCGUCGCGAUGCCGCAAUCCCUCACUGUCAUGGAAGGCGGCUCCGCGACGCUGGACUGCGCCGCCAUCGGGAACCCUAAACCAGAGAUCAUUUGGCUCAACAACGGAGUCGCUAUCGACUUGAGCGACCUGGACUCGCGGCUGUACCUGGUGGGGUCGGGCUCGCUGCGGCUGCGGGCGGCGCGCGCGGGGGACGCCGGCGCCUACACGUGCCGCGCCCACAGCCGCCUCGACUCCAGCGACCACACCGCGCACCUGCACGUGCUGACCCCGCCCCGGGUGUGGCUGCCGAGCGGCGCGGUGGGGGCGGCGCGGGCGCGCGGUGACGUCACGCUGCGGUGUGACGUCAGAGGGCGGCCGGCGCCCGCCGUGGCCUGGCUCAAGGACGGAGACCUGCUGACGCCGAACAACCACGACAUAGCGCUCUUGGACGGAUCGUCUCUUCGCAUACAAGGCGUGCUGAAUGUAGACUCUGGCAUGUUCCAAUGCUUCGCGACCUCCUCCGCCGGGUCGGCCACCGGCUCCCUGCGACUCGUGGUGCUGCCCCCGGACGACGGAAUGGAUCUCGAUUUGCUUAAAAAGGGCAACGCGAGUAUAGUCUCUCCGCCGAGGGCGUUAAGGGCGGUUAUCGUGAAACAUAGAUUUGUGACCCUGAGUUGGGAUGAACCGGAACGCAAUAGCGGGGACGUGGUCGGGUACGCAGUCAUGUACAGGGUUAAGGGGAGCGAAAGAGAGCGAAUAUCCCGCGGAGGAGCACAGAAACAUGAGAUGAACAUAGCGUCACUACAACCGAACACGACCUAUCAAUUCGCGGUGGUCGCGUACACCGCGGGCGGGGCCUCGCCCCCCACCCAGAUCAUAGAAGUACACACUCCCGGGGAAGAGUUAACAUUCGGACCUCCGCUGUCGGUGACCGCUGAGGCCACCGGUCCCCACUCCGUGCGGGUGGCGUGGUCUCCCCCCGUGGCCCUGUCUCCUCCUGACAACUACACGCUGCUCUACACCGAAGUGGACACAGGUCGUGAACAGUAUCAGCUAGUUGAGGCGCCCCAGUCACAGCGGAUCACGGCCACCAUAUCCGGGCUCAGGGCCGCGACCCAGUACUCCAUUCAAGUGUCGGCGGCGGGCGGCGAGGCAGCCCCGGGGGUCACGGUGCACACCAGGGCCGACGCCCCCUCGGCGCCACCCGGGAACGUAACUGCCGUGUCCACGGGCUCCACGUCGAUCGUAGUCCGAUGGGACGCUCCCCCCUCCCGCUCCCACCGCGGCCCCCUGACCGGCUACAAGGUGCGGUACCGCCCCCUCCCCGCCGCACUGCCCGGGGGAGGGGGGAGCAGGAGGAAAGCAGACUCGCUCACCACUCCCGCCGACACCAGGAGAGCUGAACUUAGAGACCUUGAUCCUUCCACUACAUAUCAAAUCCGCGUGUGCGCCAUCAACGCCAACGGGUCCGGCCCCUUCAGCGAGUGGGUGUCGGCGGGGACCGGCGCCGCCGCACGCGACGACCUCGCCGUGCCCGCGCAGCCCCCGCCGCUCACCACUCGCGCGGGUCGCGACUGGAUCUCUGUGUGGUGGGAGGGGGGCGGCGCGGUGGGGGGCUACGUGCUGGGGUGGGGGGUGGGGGUGCCGGACGUCCGGACCAGAGACCUGCCGCCGCAUCUUCACUCAUACGUCAUCAGGGAACUCGAACCAAACUCAGAGUACGUGAUAUCUCUCCGCGCGAGUAACUCCCUGGGUCUCGGUCCCCCGGUGUACGCCACGGUCCGCACCCGGCCCCCCUCCCCCGACUACGGAGGGCUGGAGGGCGCGUUCGACGAGGGGGACGAGGACGAGGAGGACGACGAGGAGCCGGCGGAGAGCUCGCCGCUGAUCCCUCCCGUGGGACUGAAGGUCAUCAUGCUGAGCGGGACCACGGCCGUCGUCUACUGGACCGACCCCACUCUACCCAAGGGACAGGCGGCGACGGACGGGCGGCAGUACGUGGUGCGGUGGGGCAGCGCGGGGGGAGGGCGGCCGCGGACCUACAACGCCUCCGACCUCAACUGCAUGCUGGACGACCUCAGGCCCUACACCACCUACGAGUUCGCCGUCAAGCUCAUUAAAGGAGGCCGCGAGUCCGCGUGGUCGAUGCUGGUGAGCAACACGACGCUGGAGGCGCCGCCCGGCUCCCCGCCCCGCGACCCCCGCGCCGCCCCCGCCAGCCCCCCCGCGCGCGCCGCCGACGUCAGCUGGAGCCCCCCCGCCAAACCUAACGGGAUCAUCACAGGUUACGUAAUAAUGUACGCGGCCCAGAGUGCGGUGUCGGGCGGGGGGGCGGAGUGGAUCGCGGUGGGGGUCACGGGGGACCGCGCCCGCGUGCGCCUGGACCGGCUGCGGCCCCGCACCACGUACAGCAUCAAGCUGCAGGCCAGGAACAGCAAGGGACUGGGGCCCUUCUCGCAGACCAUCACCUACACCACCGCUAUGGAGACGGGGGAGGGCGGAGGGCUGGCGAGCGCCACGUCGGCGUGGCUGUGGGCGAGCGCGGGCGGCGCGUGCGCGGUGCUGGCCCUCGCCGCCGCGCUGGCGCUGUCGCUGUGCUGUCGCCGCUCGCAGCCGCCGCUGUCCCCGGACACCAGUACGUAUCAAAAGUCUUCUGCGUCGGCCGGCAUCAAGCCCCCGGACCUGUGGAUCCACCACGACCAGAUGGAACUUAAGCACAUGGAUAAGGGCAUACACGCGUCCGCCAGUAAGAUCUCGUCCGACAGCGUGGAGGGCUCGCUGUCCCUGCCCCGCUCGGCGCCGCGCCCCCCCGCCCCUCCCCCCGUGGAGUACGAGCCGGCGAGGGGGCUCCCCCCUCCCUCCUCGUUGGACCGCAGACACUACGUGCCCACCUAUGUCGAGAGUGGGGCUGCGUCGUGCACGAGCGGCAGUGAGGCGGCCUCCGUGAGCAGCUGCCGGAGGUGCGACCUCUGCGAGCUGUGCCAGCCCAUGACCGGGGUGGGGGCCGGGUGCACGGCGACGUGCGACCGGCGACAGCACCGCCCCCUGCCGGACCAGAGCACCCCGCUGGUGUCGGGCGUGGGGCCGCUGCUCUCCGCGCAGUCCUCGCUGGCGUCCCUGCAGCCGCCGCCGGCUCCAUGUGGUUCAGGCACGUGUCCGCUGGGCUCGGCGUGCACCGUGGUGGGGGGGGUCGGCGGGGGGCCGGCCCCGGGAGGAGGGGACAUCUACGCGUCCGCCGCCCGGGAGCGCGGACACUACGUAGCCUACGAGCCGCUGGGACACUACACGCAUAGGGACUCCAUUAGCAGUGAGGCGCCUGGAGGGGGGUCGCUGCGGCGAGGAGCCGGAGGCAGCGUGGCGGGGCCCGUGGGGGGGCCGGGGGGCGUGGUGGGCAGCAUUGGGGGGCCGGGGGGCCUGCACAGCUUCGCGCUCGACGCCACCUCGGAGCACUCUACACCUGCACACUCGCACUCCAGAGGCAGCGUGAGAGAGACGUCUCCGUACAAGAAGAGCGCGGGCUCCUCUCCCGGACACAUCCCCAACCGCCUGCAGCUGGGAGGAAACGUGAGCCACUGUCCCGAGGAACUGGAGCCCCUGACCCCCUCGCGCUCCACCGAGAGGCUGAACCGGGAGAUGCAGAACCUCGAGGGUCUGAUGAAGGAUCUGUCUGCCAUCACCCAGCACCAGUUCCACUGCUAGUGCAGACCUCGCCGCUGUUACUGCGAUGUAUGUCCACACUGCGGCGAUUACACUUGUUACUGACGGCCCCCCUACGCGGGGUCGCUUUAUGGGGUGGGUCCCCGAUGUAUAGAUGAGAGAUCGGUCCCCCGAAACAAACACGUUGUUAAAUGAGUCAAGUAAUUAGUAAAUUAUUGUUGGGGUGAUAUGAGCGUUAUAGUGCCCCCCCUCCCCGCCCCCCCGCAGCGCGUGUCGGUGUCCCGGCGUGAGUGUAGACAGUGCAGUGGUAAUGUCGCGCGGGACACUUCACACGAACUACUAACAAUAUGUGGUACAGUGCGCCGGAGGAUAUAAUGAGUGUUGCAGCUCGGACUACGGGAGGGGCUCCCCCCUGCGGGAGUGGGUGACGUCAUCGCUCCAGGGAUCUCUCUGUCUGUGAAAUUACGUCACAUAGGAUAUAAGUAAAGGAUGUAAAUCGUAACUUGAUCUCCAAGUGUGAGACGUCCGCUUGAAGCUCAGCGUCGACGGUCCCUGCGGCCUAUACCAGGGGGGACCGGCGCGACCCCUCGCGGGCACGUCCACCGGGCAACGAGCAUGUUGAAGAAGCGGAGUCUCAACAUUAAAAUCUUUGUAUUUUAAUUAAAACUACUUCUUCAAAAUACUAAAAUUGUAUUAGUGGGCUUAAUGGAUAUGUUUGACGUGGAGAGGUCGCUCACUGCGAGAACACUCGAAGCGCACACGAUAUACGAGCACACAGGACUGUCGGUGCUGUCCGUAGUGGUGGUCAGUAGUGGCAGUAUCUACACAUAUAAAUAAAAUU